UAGUCAUACAAUGUAGAAUUAGUCUUUAUACUUUGUCUUAUGAUUUUAAGAAAAUUGUGAAUAGUUCAGCUACGUAAAAAUUAUCGUUAACGAUUGUUUCGAUACUGAUUAUACAAAUAAUGAAUUCUUUAUUGAGAAUAAGAAUCUUCGUAAAAUCAUGAUACGACGUUAACCUAUAUUUCACAGUUUUGAAAUAUCCACGAAGUAUCCUUGAGUGUUGAAACACAUUUAAAACGUAGUUAAAACCUGGUUAAUGUUAUCGUGUUAAAUGAAAAUGGGGGAAACGUCCGAAGCGCAAAGUAAGGAUAUCGGUCCUGCGGUGAUAACAGAGCAGGAACGUGAACUGGCUCAAAGCGCACUGUCCGAAUUUCAAAAAGGAUCGUACGGGAGUUGUUUAUCGCAUUUAAACAAAUUGGAGACCCUCAGGCCGAAGGAUUUAAAAGUGAUGCACAAUAAAGUUGUCGUGGAAUGUUAUAAAAAUGAUUUGAAAAAGACAGAGCUACUGAGGAAAAGUUUGAACGCAAUAUGUGGCCAAAUGUGUACAACUGACUCAACUGAGACCAUAGAUGAUAUCGAGAAAUGUGUUAUGAGGUAUAAUCAGGCAGUAUUAUUGUAUCACAUGAAGCAGUACAAUGCUUCUCUUCAAAUAAUAAAUAGAUUAUUUGCAUUCAUCGAACCGAUGGAGGAAUCAUUGGCACAUAAAGUGUGCCUUCUUCUAAUAGAACUACAUAUAGCUACAGAACAGCCAGAUGCAGCGUUGUCUUUAAUCAAUUACAUAGAAAGUCAGCUCGUAUCUACAGACAAUUCUAAGAUUUCACCUGUUGAUAAAGAGGGUGUAAUAAAAUCUAUAAAAGAGCAGAAGGAACCUAAGAAGGAAGUAGACACUGCUACAGAUGCGUUCAAAAUAAAACUGUUGAAAUGUAAAGCUAGAAUAUACCUUAUGACCCAUCAACUGAAACUGUGCAAAAGAGAAUGGAAAACGUUGGUCUCUUUGGGUACACCUGCAAAUAUAUCAACUAUUUAUUUAAAAGCCAAUCUUGAGUACUUAAGAGGAAAUUAUAAGAAAGCUGUUAAACUGCUGAACUCUGUAACAUCGGAGAAUUUAGAUUUCAAGACUUGUGGAGAAUCUUCUGCUGUAUUGUACUAUAACAAUAUGGCAUGUAUACAUCUUGCCAUGGGCAAACCAAAUUUGGCGUGUUUUUACUUGAGGAAAGCAUUACACGAAAACAAGUCUUCGUUAGAAAGUGUCCAAGCGAAAGACACCGAUCCUUUGUCAUCGCAACCAUUAUACACGCUUGGUGGGAAUAAGCAUUAUGAAUUGAUGUAUAGCUUAGGUGUGUCGUUACUGCACGCUGGUCAGGCGUCAGUAGCAUUCGAUUGCUUCAUGGAAGCUGCGCAAAAACUUCACAAUGAUCCUAAAUUGUGGCUGAGAAUCGCUGAAUGCUGUAUAUAUAAUCACAAACCCGCGAACGAGGUUGACUUUAAUAUACCAAAGCGGAGAAAAGAUUUGGUACAGAAAGUCGUCGGUACUGGUAUAAAUAGAAAAAUUAUUUUGGCCUCUUCCUUGUCAAAGGAAGUGAAAUAUCAUCCCGAAGGUUUUCCUUCCGCCAUACCGCAAUUGACAUUAGAAUUCGCAUACUUGUGUCUGAAGAACGCUUUAUUUCUACUACCGAAUAAUAACGAAUUUAACGUGCCGAUGAUGAGUGGUGCACAAACCGUACCUUUAACACUAACAGGUGGACAUAAUUUAGGCGCUCAGUAUUCGACUUUAAUGUCGCAAGCUACAUCCGUCGAAGCGUUGAAUCUAAAGAUCAGCGUAUUAGCUGCGAGCGCUUACGUGUGUUUGUGCCUCGGCGAUUACAUGAUCGCGCUCGAACACUCGCAAGCAUUGCUGGCAAUCCAUAAACUACCCGGCGCGUAUAGGAUGCUGGGAAACCUUUAUGCAGCCGAAAGUUUGAUAUUUAUGGAUAAGAUCAAUGAAGCAAUUGUAUAUCUGAAACCGGAGAAUAUUCCGGAUCUGAAUACUUGCAUGCCUAUUCCUGAAACUCAGGAUAAGGAAAAAGAAAAGACCGAUGAGGUCAUUUCGAAGCCUAUAAAAAUGUGGUACCCAACGACGGUUCCCACGGGUAUCGCCGUACUCCGCUACAAUUUAGCCGUUGCUUACGCGAUUCGUGGCGAACUCGAUAAAUCCGGAGAAACUUUGAAACAGGUUUGGAUGUCGAAGGGCCCUGAUUGCGAUCUUCCCAUACACGUAAUAAUGUUAGCUUUGUACAUAGAGUUACAAUUAGGACACGCGGAUAUCUCGAGCAUAAUCAUCGUGUUGUCCAUCAGAAAUAGAAACUUCGCACACUCGUUCGGAAUUGAACCAAGCAUGGAUGAAGUGGACGAAGUAGUUCGACAAGAGUCGAGGGACCAAGUGGGCAGCUUGAUCUUCCCGCCGCCGCCGAUGAAGAAAUCCGACACGAGGGACAGCAUUUCAUCCGUGGACAGCGACGUGAGCCUCUCCUUCGACCGGAGAGGCUCCAAGGGAGAGGAGGCCGAUCUAUCGGACAGUGCGAGUUCUGACACUGACAGAAAAGUGAGUGGGAUUACCGAACGGCAGAAGAAUACCGAUCAGGAUUCAGGAGCCGACUCGUUCGAGGAUACUAAAGAUUCUAAGGAUCCGAGACAGGAAAUAACCGAAGCCAAGGAUAAUCAAGACGAUUUUGUUCCACCGAGCGACGAACUGGCCGACAAGAUUUGCACCCAAGUAGAAUUCUACUUCUCCGAUGAGAACAUCGUGAAGGAUGCUUUCCUUCUGAAGCACGUGAAGAGAAACAAGGAGGGCUACGUAUCGCUGAAACUCAUAUCGAGUUUCAAGAGAGUGAAACACUUGAGCAGAGAUUGGCGGGUCGUUGGGGCGGCUUUGGCGCGGUCGAAGAAGCUUGAAGUGAAUCCGCAGGGGACUAAAUUACGUAGGGUCGAUCCUUUGCCACCGUUCGAUCAGACUACACCGUCGAGGACGAUCAUCGCGGCGAAGCUUCCUGUGGCAAAACUGUCGGUUGAAUCCGUCGCUGAGAUCUUCAGGCCCUGCGGAGAAAUCGCUCUCAUCAGGGUGCUUCGACCUGGACACCCUGCACCGGCUGAGGUGCGACAAGCGAUUUCCAAGAGGCCAGAAUUAGCCUCGUGCGAGGAGUGCGCCAUGGUCGAGUUCACGGAUUCAGCGUCGGCUCGUACUGCCUUGCAAAUGACCUUGGGCGAUGCCAAGGUGUUUGAGUUGCAACAAUCCGGCGAGAAGAAGAGGAAACAACAACCGGCAAAGAAAAAUGCUGUGACGAGACUGACCAAAGAGGAAGCUUACAAUACCUCGAGCUGCCCGAGCGGUUCCGAGCCCGAAGAUGGAAGGGCCAGGCAUAAGAAACCCGUUCACGGUUAUCCGAUAUACCACGGUUAUCCGGGCCAUGCGUUCCAAGGACCUCCGUCACCUGACGCGUGGUUGUCGCGCCGAUUGUCCGCCUGUUCGGUCUCAGGCUCCGAAAACGGUUUCGUCCUCCGUCGCCUGUCUUCCUGUUCCGGUUCCGGUUCCAGUUCGGAGACCAGCAACUUCGGCAGACGUUACUCCGCCUGCUCGUCAGGCUCUGAAACCGGAUAUUGCUACCCAGUCUUCCCACCGAGUUGCUACUAUCAAGAUAAUCGCCGUUUCUCGUGUUGCUCAACGUCCAGUUCCGAGUGCAACGGUGCUUGCUAUCAUUCCUCUAGUCGCCGCGGGUCCGCAGAGUACGGACCGUAUUUGAGGAGACUCUCCUCGUGCAGUCGCGACUCCGGCUUCGACAUGGGCCCCAGGAGACUGUCGAUGUGCUCCUCCGGUUCGGAACAGAGCGGCUACUGUCGCUCGAGGAGCAACAGUGGUAUCACUUUGACGCAUUUACCGGAAAACGUGACUCGGAUGCCAUCGGGUCCGGAUGGAACGCGCGGGUUCGGUCGACCUAAAAUGCCACCUCCUAUGGAGCCCACUUGUUAAAUCGAAGAAUUUCAUUCAUUCCCGUUUAUAGAUUUCUAGAACUUUUAUUUGAACAUUAAAUACUUUGGGAGUUUAAUCUGAAAUGGGAAUAAUUGAUUCUUCGCAAAGUUUUUAAACCAGCUUCUCCGGUAAACGAGCAAUAAAUCUAUUUGUUAUCUCAUUCCUGAUUAUAGUCUCCUCCAGGAGUUUUAUACAGUCUGAUCUCUACAAUCCGAAAGAUUUCUGUACAAUAUUUAUGAAAUAUGAUAAUGUUUAAGGACAAUAAAACUUAUUUUAAUUUUCGUUUUAUUUGCAAGGUACAGAGUGGAUGUUGAAGUUACCACGUUUACAGGGGGGAGUGUGUGUAAGAAUAACAUUUAGGCUUGCGGUCAGGUGAAAUCGAUAGGGAAAAAUUAAACGCGUUACAUCCAUUGUCAUUCCAUUGAUCGUCUCGUGAAAACGAAGAAGUCUGAAAUGUAUCAGAAUGAUGUUGCACAGUGUAUCGUCCGAAAAGUGAUCGCAGAAGUAAAUAGACAUGCUUCAUGUAUAUAUGUAUGAUAGAAUCUUCUAAGUACGAUACUAUAUUGAUUAACAAUACAUAUUUGUAUCCUU